AUGACUGUGACACGCGGGGGCGGGCCUGGCCAGGCAGAGGUCGCUCCAGGACUGACUCGACAGCUGCGCGCGCACCACCGGCUGACGGCCCGCCCCCUGGGCCGAAGGCACCAAUCACAGGCAGGGACGGGAGUGGGCGGAGCGGGUCAGAGGCCGCCGGGCUGCGCGCGCCGAGGCCACGCCCCCGCGGAGCUGCCAAUCACAGGCGGAGCUGUUCGCGCCGGUGCACCGGCCUCAGAUCGUACCCUGGACGUCCCUGGCCCUGACCCAGAGUCGUCUGUGUUUGAUGGACUGGAAGCCCUUCGGCACAGCGGCUACGAAGAGCCCAGCAGGUACCAGCAGGACCAAGUCCCCCAGCUGCAGCGGAGAAAGAUCCGGAACCGGCCCUGCCCAGGAGGCAAAGAGCAAUGCUCAGCAAGCGUGCUCACGGGAGCGCGCGAAACCGAUCGUGAUGAUGUCCUCUUCGCAUAUGAUUGCAGCACGGCAGCAGAGAAGUCACAAGAAAGUAAAGGGGAGGACGGGCAGCCCGCGGAUAAGGGGAGUGACACGAUUCUGGCGUCAACCUUCUCCAAGUCUGGCACCUAUUUUGCCUUAACUGAUGACAGUAAGCGUCUGAUUCUUUUCCGUACAAAACCAUGGCAAUGUCUGAGUGUCAGGACCGUGGUGAGGAGGUGCACGGCCCUGACCUUCACAGCCUCCGAGGAGAAACUUCUGGUGGCCGACAAGUCUGGAGACGUUUAUUCCUUUUCGGUGUUGGAGCCACAGGGAUGCGGCAAGCUUGAACUUGGGCACCUGUCGAUGUUGUUGGAUGUGGCCGUGAGUCCCGAUGACCACUACGUCCUCACCGCCGACCGGGACGAGAAAAUCCGGGUGAGCUGGGCCGCGGCACCGCACAGCAUCGAGUCCUUCUGCCUCGGGCACACGGAGUUUGUGAGCCGCAUCUUCGUGGUGCCCGACCACCCCGAGCUGCUUUUGUCCGCGUCCGGGGACCGCACCCUGAGGCUCUGGGAGUACAGAAGUGGCCGAGAGCUGCACUGCUGUCACCUGACCAGCCUGCAGGAGCCGGCGGAGCCCUGGGGUGACGAGAGGUUUGCUGCCUCCAGGAUCACUUACUGGAGCCAGGACGGCUGCGUGGCGCUGCUGUGUGACUGUAUUCCCGCGAUCUACGUUUUCCAGCUCGAUGCCUCCAGACAGCAGCUGGUUUACAGACAGCGGCUGACGUUUCGGCACAGAGUGUGGGACAUCGCUUUCGAGGAGGGCCGGGGACUGUGGGUCCUGCAGGACCACCGGGAAGCCCCCCUCGUGCUCUGCAGGCCUGUGGGCGGCCAGUGGCAGGCUGCUCCUGAAGACGCCGUGGUAGAGAAAGUCUCCGCCCAUCUCCGGGGGAACUGGGCCAUGCUGGAAGGCGUGGCUGGCGUGGACGUCGGUUUCAGCGGUCUCUACAAGGCCACCUUUGACAACGUGACUGCCUACCUGAGGAAGAAGGAGGAGAGGCUGCAGAAGCGGCGGAAGAACCCGGCUGCUGGGCCUAACGGGCAGGCCAAGAAGAUGAAGCCGGGGGAGGCGUCCCUGAGGUGCUCGUCCUCGCCGCCCCCGCACUCUCGUGGCCUCGAGCCAGAGCCGGCUCUGCUGUCCCCUGUGCCCGCGGCUCCCCGGAAACCAGACAGCCUGGUGCUCAGCCAGAGAUGCAGCGAGUGGUGCCGGUGCCGUGAAGCGCCUUUUCUUCGUAUCGGAGGAGACCGGAACCCGUGGUGGGCGUGGUGGCCGUGGAGCUUCCACUGUUCCCGUGGCGCUGGACGCUUCUCCUCCAGGGGAGUCCGCGAGCUCUACGGCAGCGAGAAAUUUGGGUCUGGUGGUGGUGACGCGUUGACGGGGGGCCUGCGGGCCAAGUCCUGCUGCUGCCUGGCUUUGUGUGGCCUGUGA